AUGAUAGAAGAAGCACAGUACGAUGUGCCAUGGGAGUUUAAACUUCGAAACUCGCUAAACGCGUUAAAAGCUCGGCCUCAAUCAGCCGGACCUGAGCCCGGUCCAUCAACUAACUUCAACGACCUCAUCGCUUCGCAUCAUCGUGACACUUCAACGAGUUCUUUCUCUUCGGCCAAGGCUGUACCAAAUGGUUCGCCAGUCCAUGUCAAGUUUAUGAAUGAGCCCUCACCACCGGUGUUACGCGGACAACGACAAGUUAGUGUACAAAGAAAGCAGAAUGAGUACUAUCCGAGAGUUCAGUGUGGAAGUGAGUUGAAAUAUACUAUUUUAAUUUAACCUACCUAAUGAUACCCUGCGUUAACUUACGCUACCCUUAAAACUUUUACUUUUUUUAAUUAAAAAAUUUACUUUGAAUAAUAAAACAAUGUUUCAGUAGAUCAAUCAACGGAUCCACACCCGCAUUUACAUAAACCUCAUAAAAGUACACCGAUCUUGUUCACCGAGACUCCUCACAGUGAACGGCGACAUCGCUCACGGUUUGAUGAAAAGGCAAUGAUUCAUGAAAAUAUGGAUCGGAUUGAAGCUGAGAAAAUACUUUCAAAUGGUAAGGCAAUAUCUUAAGUUAUUAAGCUGUAGAGCACAAUAAAAAAUAUUAAAGCACAGUACUCUCUCUAUAUAAGCAACCCGAAGAGAUACUUGUUUAUGUUGUUUACUAUAAGAAGAGUUGCUUAUACAGACGGUUCACUAUAUAGAGAGACCACUGUAUUAGGUUGUUCAACUAAUUCUGCGCCUCUUCCCAAAGUAAUUUUGGAAGGUUAUGGGCCCAGAAUUAUUUGAACAACUUAAUAUUGUUUUUUUAUUGUGUGCUACUUGAGUUUUGCUCUAGCUUACCUUACCCUACUCUCUUCUACCUUACUAUUACCUUAUCCUAACCUAAUUUAUCCUAUCCUAUUCUACUCUACCAUAACUUACCUAACUAUCACCCUACUGUAUUGUGCCUUACUAUUAUCGUUUUUACAAUUUUCAAAAACCAGUUUACAAAUAACGUAUUUUACCCAGAAUCCUCUUUUAGGUCAAGUAGGUGACUACCUGCUUCGUCAUCGUCCCGAAGGCAACUUGGCCAUGUCGUUACGGGGUCAAAAAGCUGUUUUACACAUAAAACUCGAGCAAAGAAACGGAAAAUGGGUAUUGGGAGAAGGACCAGAAUUCAAGUCUUUAGGGCAGGUACUACGAUGCUACCGUAGUAACGAGUUGCCAAUCAAAAACGCUGAAAAUGUUAGGCUACGAGAGCCGGUUAAAACCGAUGACAUUCACAUUAUUACACAGAAAUUGUGA